AAGGUCUCCAGGUCUACAAACUAACUUUGAAUGAAAUCGAUUACUGGGCUGCUCAUCAGCACUAUAAAGAAUCCCCCAUUCUGCUCGGCUAGAGGUGUCACCUGUGACCGGGUAGAGAUGAAGACUCCGCAGACCUUUCGAGGAUCACCGGUGCUGCUGCUGCUGCUGCUGCUGCUGAAAGGGGUUUACGCCAACGUGUACAAGCCAGUCAUCAUCGUGCAUGGGAUCUUCGAUGGACCAAAACAGUUCGAAAACCUGUCUAAUUUCAUAACUAAGGUGCAUCCAGGCACUGAGGUGACAGUGAUUGACUUGUUUGACGACAUGGCCAGUCUCAAGCCAUUGUGGAAGCAGGUCCAAGGCUUCAAGAAAGCCAUCGACUCCAUAAUGCAAAAGGCCCCUGAUGGCGUCCAUCUUCUGUGCUUCUCACAAGGUGGUCUAAUUUGUCGAGCACUUCUCUCCACGACUCCAGACCACAAAGUGCACACCUUCAUUUCGCUGUCUUCACCACUGGCUGGGCAGUAUGGAGACACAGAGUACCUGAGGCAUAUAUUUCCAGACUCCAUGAAGAAGACACUGUUUUGUAUUUGCUACAGCAAGCUGGGACAGAAAGUAUCUAUUUGCGACUACUGGAACGACCCUCACCACAGGUCCCGCUACCUGCAGAGCAACAGCUUUCUGCCGGUCCUUAAUGGUGAAAAACCUCACAGCAACAUGAAAGCAUGGAGGGGAAACUUCCUGCGCAUCAAGAAGCUUGUGCUAAUUGGAGGACCAGAUGAUGGUGUCAUCACACCAUGGCAGUCCAGCCACUUUGGAUUCUAUGACAGCAACGAAAAUGUUGUAGAAAUGAGGAACCAGGAGUUUUACAGGAACGAUACAUUUGGGCUGAAGAUGCUGGACGCUCGUGGGGACGUGUCUGUGUGCAUUCACUCUGGAGUGAAGCACGUUCACUGGCACUCCAACUUCACAGUGUUCGAGAGCUGCAUAGAGAAGUGGCUCACAUAAAAAAACUAACUUACCUUACUACAGAGUGUGAGAGAUGUUAAUUACUGUGCUACAUUACUUAACUGAAAUAAACUAUAUAAUCAAAACUG